UGCCAGUGCAGUAGAGCAGAAGGCGGCUCUGCCUUCUUGCUUUGUUCGCAGGAAAAGCUACAAGAUGGCCCAAAGCCAAAGGAAGGAGCUGGACCUGCUCUUCUAUCAGCUGCACAAAUCAAGAUACGAAAUUCCUUUGCCUUUUCAGUCUUGAAAGAGUGCUUGAAACCUAUGUUUUCCUCCAAAAAGAAUUGUGAAUAUAAAUUGCAGUAGAUGGGGUUGUUAUACCUCACAUGAAUAAGGGCAUAAAGGACAUAUGCUAAGAAAGAUAAGAAAAAUAAAACAAAUUCACUAUGUCUCCUCAUAUGAACCCCCUUUUUAUACUUCUUUAUCCAGCAAAAAAAAAUGAGUGGAAUGUUGAUUGACUGUUCUUGAGUUGGGAAUGAAUCUUAGUACUCCCUCCAAUCCAUAUUAAUUGUUGUACAAAAUCAGCAAAAAUUAAUACGGGUCGGAGGGAGUAGUUGUUCUUGUGUGUUAAUCUACUUAUUUUUGUCAAGAAUACAAUAUAACCAAAAGCUUAAAUAAGUAAUUUAGCAGUUGUGAAAUGGAUGAUUUUGCUAGCUUCUGUCAUAAUGCAAAAAGAACCGUGGAGUGUAAUGUACUCCCUCCGUCCCAUAAUAUAAGAACGUUUUUGACACUUAUGGGACGGAGGGAGUACCUUAGAAGUCUGAUCCUUGUUUCAAUUGUUUAGGCACUGGUCCAUAUGAGUUCCAAUAUGCAAUUGACAUAGUAAGGCGCCUUGAUCAUUUUUGACAGCUAGUAUCUGAUCAAUUUUGGCAUGUUAAGGCUCGCCACGCCAUUUAAAUGUAGUACUUCCUACUCAUCAAUACAUCUUGAACAAUGCUAAAAAGUAUGGCCGCAGUUGCAUCUUUGUAACUGCUUCUCUGGCUUUCACAUCUUCCACACUGUCGUGAGCUUAUUUUCUUGGCAUUUUCCUGCAUGAAUACUUGGCUUCAGAGGUCCUUGUAUUGUAACACAAUUCUUCCUUCAGUUCUGCUUCUCUUACAUAAUCUUCAAUAUGCGUGGAAUCUUAUUUACGUGGAAUGCUCAGUUGUAAAAAACGAGCCAUGUUUGUGGUUCUUUUUAUGAGUAUGAUGGUACCUUGAGUCUUACCACCAUAAUUAAGAACUCUGCACUGAUCUUGUCUUGUGGAUACAACUUGCAGACAUACGCUGGAGUUGAAAUGUCAUUACUCUGCACUUAGUGAUUCAUUUGCUGAGGUUGAUGCUGCUGAAUAUAACUCUGCACUUAGUGAUUCAUGUGCUGAGGUUGAUGCUGCUGAAUAUGAUGGAUUGGUAAUUCCUGGGGGCCGUUCACCCGAAUACGUCGCAAUGGAUGAAAAGUGCUUGACUUAGUUACCAAGUCCUCUGAUGCUAAGAAGCCUAUUGCAUCAUUUUGUGUUGGACAGUUCAUUCUGGCGGCUGCAAGAGUAGUCUGCAGCCGUGCAUGCGCAGCAUAUCCUGCCAUUGAUCUUGUCACGGGAGCAGCUUAUGAUGAUCAUCCUGAAUUCAUCACCCUAUCCAUGAAAGCACUUGGGAGGCUCUGUACAUAGCAGGACCCAACGAAAUAAUGUUGUCCCUUUGCCGGGAUUAAAUGGAGGAUUACGAGGUUAUAUGGAGUGCCAUUCAUUAUUUUUAAGGUGCCAAGCUUACAGAGAGGAACCUCGUUGAACACGUCAUUUGACAGUGUGAAUGCUCAAAGCUGUGAUGCACCUGUAAUCCCUGUUGGAUGGCCCUCCGAGUACCUUGCCCUGAAUGAUAAAGUAGCUUGCUUGGAGAAGGGGUUCAUGGAUGAAGGAAAGGCAGCUCCAUCUGAUUCGCAAUUGGGCAUCUAUUAUCUGCUGCGGGUUCUUUAGGACUCCUGCUGCUGUUUUGCAAUAAAUCUCCCUCGUGUCUUCUGCCAUUGAGUGGUCACUGAUGGCUGGAGUGGUGCGCCUAUGGAACGAUUGGGAGGUCCAAAUCCUAGUGCUUGUUAGCUUCAUGCUGCAAGUGUUCCUGCUCAUGUUUGCCAGGAUGCGACGGCGGAACAUCUCCAUCGUCCCAAGGACUCUCCUCUGGCUGGCAUACCUGCUGGCAGACUCCAUAGCGAUAUACAUCCUUGGCCACAUGUCCUUCUAUGGCAAGUCCCACGGGCACCAACAGCUCAUGGCAUUCUGGGCACCCUUCUUGCUGGUGCAUCUCGGUGGCCAGGACAACAUCACCGCCUACUCCAUAGAAGACAGCCAACUCUGGCCACGCCACCUGCUCUCUUUUAUCGUGCAGACGGUGGGGGUGGCUUAUGUCCUCUACAAGUAUGUUGCUGGCAGCUGGACCUUGGUCACAGGCGCAGCGCUGAUAUUUGUCAGCGGUGUUCUCAAGUAUGGGGAGAGAGUAUGGGCACUUAAGUCUUCCAGCCUGGAUAACAUGAGGAAGUUCCUUGACAGCAGGAAGUUGAGUGAGGCUAAACAAGGACAGAGACCACGGUGGGGCCAUGGGGAUAAUUUUGAUAUUGAAAGGGUUCUGCAGGGGGCUCAUGACCUUCUACCCAUUUGCAUGGCUCAGUUUGUGGACUAUAAGUUCUGGCCAUCUGCGUUCGAGAGUGAAGCCAUAGAGGUAUUCUAUAAGAAGGGUGAAAUGUUUGAGUUGGUUGAGAUGCAACUCUCCUUGAUGUAUGAUUUCCUAUAUACCAAGGCAGUGGUGGUCUUCACAUGGUAUGGAUGCUUCAUCCGUGCCGUUUCAUCAGUUGCCAGCAUCACCACUUUCUUCUUAUUUCAAUCAAGCAUUGGAAAAAAUGACUUCAACAGAGUUGAUGCCAUUGUCACAUACAUCUUAAUAGCUGGGGCUAUCCUCCUAGAGAUGACAGCUGUGUGGAAGGCAAUGGGAUCAACAUGGGCAUGUGCAUUGUUGCAUGCUAGAAGAUGGCAUCGGCUUCACAGGAUAGUCGUAUCUGUUCGGCGGCGUUUCAAGACUGCAGAAAGAAAUAGAAGAUGGUCAGGUUCCAUUGGACACCUGGAGUUACAUUACUCAUCUCUCGGGGGUGGAGGCUGCGUGAAGAGCUUGAGACGCAAAGAUUUAUGGAAGGUGUACCACUCCCUACCUAUCAUUUCAAAUGGCACUAAGAAGUUGGUGUUGGAAGUGGUAGAAAGAAUGGUGGAGAAAUGUGAAGGAAAAGAGGAUAUCAUGAGGAGUUACAAUGGUCAGUGUACCCUGAAUGCAUGGAGCGGAUUCUUCAAGGAUCCCACCUCACACGCGGGCAUUGAUUUUGAUGAAAAAAUCAUUUCCUGGUACUUUGCCACUGAAAUAUUCUUCUCAUGGUCAUCUCGUGAGGAAGAGCAUGGUUAUGUUGUGGAGGCAAUCAAGGAAUUGUCUAACUACAUGACAUUUCUCCUUGUUGAACGUCCCUACAUGCUGCCUAGCCCCGUUCGCCACGGAUUGUAUGCCAAUACUGAAGCAGCAUAUGUGGGGCUUGAUUUUUCUGAUAGGGAACGGAUUAGCAGAAAGUGGGGGCUGGACAGAACAAAAAAAAUGAUGGAUCUGGACAAAAGAACGGACAUGGGCGAGCUACUCAAAGCAAAGUGGAAGUUGGUCAUAAUAAGUGAGGAUCUGGACAUAACAAGGGAGGAUCUAGACGGAAGAAGGAAGGAACUAGACAGAACAAGGCCGGCUUUGCAACGUGAAGCGGAACUGAACGGUACAAGGGAGGAGUUGGACAGAAGUUGGGAGGAGCUGGAUAGAAGGAGGGAGGAGCUGGACAAUAUAAGGUUUGAGGUGGGCAUUUUAGAGGUGGGCACUACAAGGGAGAAGCUGGAGGUGCUAGACAGGAGAAGGGAAGAGCUAGACAGAAGAAGGGAGGGGCUAGACAGAACUAUGGUGGGGCUGUACAGAAUGGUUAAGGCGUACGGUAGAGAGAGGGAGCUGGAGAAGCCGAACAUAACAAUGGAAAAGCUAGAGGAGCUGGACAAAAAAAGUGAGGAUCUGGAGAGAAUAGGGCUGGAUUUGCUAUAUGAAGCGGAGCUGCACGGUACAAAGGAGAGGUUGGAGAGAAGUUGGGAGGAGCUGAAUAUAAGGAGGGGGGAGCUGGAUAUAAGGAGGGAGGAGCUUAAUAGAAGGAGGGAGGAGCUGUUCAAUUCAAGGUUUGAGGUGGCCAGGACAAGAGAAAAGAUGGAGGUGUUGAACAGAAGAAGGGAGGAGCUAGAUAGAACAAGGAAGGGGCUGGAGAGAAUGGUUUGGGAUUACCGUGGAGGGAGGGAGCGAGGGGAGCUGAACAGAACAAUGGAAAAGCUAGAGGAGCUGGACAGGAGAAUGGAGGAGCUGGACAGAAGAAGGCCGACUUUGCAACGUGAAGCAGAACUGAAAGGUAUAAAGCAGCUGGACAUAAGUUGGGAGGAGCUAGACAUAGAUUGGGAGGAGCUGAACAGAAGUGAGGAGCUGGACGAUUUAAGGUUUGAGGUGGGCACGACAAGGGAGAAGCUGGAGGUGCUGGAUAGAAGAAGGGAGGAGCUGGACAACAGAAGGGAGGUGCUGGACAGAAGAAGGGAGGGGCUGGACAGAAUAGUUAGGGCUUACAGAGGAGGGUGGGACCUGGACAUGACAAUGAAAAAUCUAGAGGAGCUAGACAAAAGAAGGGAGGAGCUGGAUAGAAGAAUAGAGGAUUUGGACAUAAGAAGGGAGGGGCUGAGCAGAAUAGAUAGGGCUUACGAUGAAGGGAGGGUGCUGGAGGAGCUGAAAAAAAUGAUGAAAAAGCUAGAGGAGCUUGAUAGAAGAAGGGAGGAGCUGGAUAGAAGAAGGGAUGAGCUGGACAAAAGAAGGUUUCGGAUUGACAAUAAAGGGGAGGAGAACCUAGACCUGGCCAGAAUAAUUAAAAAGUUAGACAGAAGAAUCGAGGAGCUGCGUUUCGGACCUCCACCCUCCUUAGUCCGUGGAGCGGGGCUUGUUGUUCGGCUAUUAGAGGCGGAGGCGCAGUGCGAGGUGGAGGCUGAGGCACGGAACGAGGCGGGGGUGGAGGCGUGGGGUAAGGCGGAGGUGCGGCGGGUGCUACUUGGGGUGUGGGUGGAGAUGCUAUGCUAUGCGGCCCACCACUGCAGUAGGGAUUCCCACGCUAGGCAGCUCAACAGUGGUGGUGAAUUCAUUACCAUUGUUUGGCUUCUGUCCACUGCCAUGUUCAAUCGUCGGUACAGUGAAGAGCAUUGGUUUAAGAAGGGCGUGCGGAAGUUCUUCAGGCCACCAUUCCGUCUUGAGCAGUAUGAGGACGAGGGUUGUAUGCUACCUCUUUGCUGCGGUAUUUAUAUUGUGUAGUAAUUUAAUAUGCAAAAGAGGAGCAAAAUUAUGACUUGAUGAGUCGUUGAUGACUGAAAUAUGUGGUUGAUCUGUAGCAAUUUGUGAUAUUUUUCAUUCUCGGAGACAAUUCACUUAGCUAUACUCGGCUCGUAUGACGACCCACAUGUUUGUUAUACUUUUGUCUAAUCUGGCCGGCGAUGGUGAGUGUAUUUAGGUACAAUUUUUCAUAUACAAGCAUAUAUAUAAGGGACUUUUACA